UUAACAGAACCGAAGUUUUUUUGUUGGAUUUAGUUCGGCAACAUUUUCCAAACCCCGGUUUUCUAUCUGUAGCAAAUGACGGAGAGAUUCUUCCCGACGAAACCAAGCUCCGGCGGCGGGGGGAAUCACCGGCGAGAUAACCUCACCCUCCUCUCCGGCCCCAUAACCUCAGGCAAAACCUCUCUGCUGUUCCAAUUCGCAAUCAAUGUAGCGACUGCUUCUAACGUCGUCUUCAUCUGCCACCGCAAAAGAAUCGAAUCCAACCCUCCCUUUCUCUCUCAGGGACUCGACCCUUCCUCCGAUGCAUUCAAUCGAAUUCAAAUGAAGUAUGUGGAUGAUGAUGAAGGACUCAGGAACUACUUCGCUGCGUUUCAUCUUCAUCUUCAUCUUCAUCUCCCUGCUGCUGUUGUAAUCGAUGACUUUGGUGACUACUUCACUCAAUCGAACUCGAGGACUUUAAUGAACUCACGUGCUAGAGACAUGGCCAUGGUGCGGACUCUUGCUCUAUGCCACAAUGCUGUUGUUCAUGCCAACAAGAAAGCUACUUGCGAGCUUGUCUUAUCCGAGACCAGUUCUGGAGACUCCCCAAGGUCUUUGUUCAUCUACAAACGAUGGAUCCCAUCCAUCUUUACAAUAAAAGGUCAUGGUGAUGGAUCGUUUCUCUUGAGAAGUCAUGGUUCAUCCGAGAAAAGCGCCAAGUAUUCCAUCGCGCUGCAAUAUCUCAUCUUGGAGGAGCUUGUUGAUUAAUGAAACAGUUAGUUUUUUGUGUGUUUUGGAUAUGUCAAAAAUGGAAACAGUACAAGUUGUGUUAAUAACAUAUUUGCCCCUUUUUUUUUA